GAGAGGAGGUAGGAAGGUGGAGCAAGAAGGAGCCAGAUAAAUGGAGGUGAAGGAAAGGAUGAGAAUGCUAUACAUGUGACGUCAAUGGUUAACAAUGUCAAAUUUGGUUUUGGCUGUACAAAGAAGUGCUAUAAUGGUGGUAUAUUGAUGGUUUCAGACAAUAAUACAAUGCUUCUUUUAUAUAUACUUAAUUAUCACAUAUUUACAUUGUAUUAACAUCCUCAGAAGUAGCAUUUAGACACAAUACAAAACAUCAGCCCAACAGGUUUCCAUGGAAAAGUACAACAGCUCCUUCAGCAUCAGUGUCAGGACACGGUCGCCCAUAGCAACGGCCUGUCACACGUCAUCACUCCCUCACGACAUCCUUGAGCAUUGUCAUCGUUCAGCACUUGAUCUCAUAUUUUAUUCAAGAGAUAUGUUGCACUUUAUCAUCGGUCUCAGUGCGGCACAUCUGAGCAUGCAGCGAUCACUCACGGUCAGGUUUGGCCACUUUAUCUACAUACCUCAAAGCCUUUUUCUUAAAAAAGUGUUAUUUAAAACAACCUUAUACCCCAAAUAAUACACAAGUUUCAACUGAACAAUUAAAGUGCUUUUAUAAAAUUAUAAUCUUCACAUAUCUAGAGACAUAACAACUUUCUCUGCACUUGUCGCAACUCUGAGCGCACGUGUCGUGUUUUAAUCAGCUUACAGCAGCAGAUGCGCGUGUCAAUCAACAGGACGCGUGCGCGCGCCAACUUGACUUGAGCGCGCAAGAGGAAGAGCGCAGCAGGUGCGCGAGGGAUUCCGAGCAAUCAAUGAUGCAGGAAUGGUAAAUAAAGUCGAUUAUUUUACAAAUCCUAUCAGAUAAUGUCUUGACUGUGGCGACGGACUGUUUUGCACCGCUAAAGUCGCAUCUAUUUCGGGAAAAACGCAAUGCCGUCGCAGGAUGAGGUUGAUCCAGUAAAUGAAAACGACGGUGCGCCUCCGGUACCACCGCGCGCGACUCUUCAGCGGGACUCACCGGCACGCGCCGCCGCACCUGAGCGCAAGGUCAAAUGCGUGCUGGUCGGUGAUAGAGCGGUGGGCAAGACCAGUUUGAUCGUCAGCUACACCACUAACGGAUACCCGGCAGAACACAUCCCUACCGCCUUUGACAACUUCACAGCGAGGGUUGUGGUGGAUGGGAAACCAGUUCAACUUCAGUUGUGUGACAUGGCAGGACAGAGAUGGGGGGGAGUGGACCGGUCUCUCAAUGCCGAAUUUGACCGCCUCCGUCCACUCUGUUACCGUGACGCUGACGCCUUCCUGCUCUGCUACAGCGUGGUCUUGCCGUCUUCUCUUAGGAGCUUGAUGGACCGCUGGGCUCCGGAGGUCCACCGUCUCUGUCCAGGCGUUCCCAUCAUCCUCGUGGGCACCCAGUGUGACCUGCUCGAGGACGUCCAGGUCCUGAUCCGACUCGCUGACUCCCAGGAGAAACCGGUGAGCAGAGAGGAAGCCCGUCUGUACGCGAGGAGCAUCGGUGCCGUGACGUGUGCCGAAUGCUCGGCUCUGACGCAGAAGAACUUGAAGGACGUGUUUGAUGCCGCCAUCCUGGCGAGCAUGCAGCAUGUAGAGGAGGGGGCGUGGCUGAGGAGACUGACGCUCAGAGAAAAAACUCCGGAUAAAAUCAAGCAGCUCUCUGAAACGUGGUGGAGAAAACUGAGCUGUGUAGUAUCAGAGUUUUGAACUUCACUGAGAGUGACUCUACGAGGUUUAAAGGAAUAUUCCGGGUCCAAUACAAGUUAAGUCGCUUCACUUGCGCUUGAGGGGCAUAGGGAUAAUUUGGGGGGCAAAGCCCACCCCAGUACCCCCAUAGAUCUGGCCCUGAGCCAUAUACACAAUCAUACAGUAUGUUAUUAUUAUAGUACAUCUAUUUAUUUUGUCUCUCAGUUUGGGACUGUAGAUGUGACCUCAAGGUGACCUUGUUUUGCCUCACCUGUUAAGUGUUAUAGUACUAUUGGAUGACGCAGGAGUGUUUGUGUUGGUUUAGCACAGUACCCUGCAUUCACAGUCGUGGAUUAGCUGAUCCUGUGAACAGAUUGAAGAUGAAGGAUCUGUCGCCUGCGUCAGAUGCGGACAUAAUUACUGCCUUUACAGAGUAACAGUUACCUCCACAAUGGCACAAACACUUCGGGUUUUGAGAGGAACGGCCAAAUGAAAUGGCCAUUUUUAAUGCCAGUAAUUACAGCCACAAAUGUGUGACUCCCACAGGCAGAGAUACUCUCAAACAAGAUGUUUGUGCUUGUUGAAAGAUCACCUGUACUAAGAGCAAAUCCAGGCAUUAACUACUGAUGUGGUACCAGUGAUUUGACUAAACUGGCUGUGACCUAAGAGCAUCUGAACAGAUCUUCUAAUGGGACGAGACAGAAGCCACCUGUGGGAAUUAGGCAGGCAGAUGGUGACCGGUGUUCCCUUCGCAGGAUCUCUUGACCUCAGUCUUAUCAUACAGGAAUUACAUCAGUGCAGCAACACUGCACGAGGGCAGUAUUGUCAAUAUGGUGCACUGAAGUCUUUGUAUAUUUUUUUUACAAACACCUUUAAUGGAGUAAAAGUGGUCAAAUGAACUCCUAUCCCAGUAUGGGAUAUCCUAAGGCUCAUGUGACCUUGUGUCAACAUGUCCUGUUUCAUAUAGUACUGGACGCUGCAAAGCAAGAGUAGUUGCAGAGUUCAAGAGGUCACCGUUGAGAUAUGUUACAUCUUGAAGGACAGGUAAACCCAAAAGCACCUCCUCUACGACCCCAGUACAAAUCAAUGCUGGAAGCUCUUUUCCUGAACUUUGAAUCUGAAUCUAAAUGCAAACCCAAAAAAGUUCUGAUGAUAGUGACGAAACAACUCAUUCUCUUCUGCAUUACUGAUUUUCAAUGUCACUGUUUUAAAGGGACAGUUCACCCAAAAAGGAAAAUUCUCUCAU